AUGGAGUAUUAUAGCAAAAAAAGCAUAAGUUUUCAUGUAAUAUUUAUUUUGGUGAUACCAGUCAUUUAUGGAAUCUACAGAUGUCUCAAAUAUUUGUGCAGGAAUGAUUCUUUCUCGAAAAUGAGAAACUCAACAGACUCAUCAAGCUACACAGCUCCAGUCGUAGUCACUUCCUACACUCGUCAAGCUCCUGGAACAGCACAUUUAUCAGCUACACGAUCUGACAUUCCAAGACAACAAAAAACAUCAAAUUCAUAUGUAAGAAUUAAGAAGCCGUUCUCUAGAAUCGGAUGGGAUGGUCCACAAGUGCCAAAGCCUCAUCAAAGCCGUCAGCUCAACAGAGAUUCUCCAUAUUAUUCACAAUUAUCGCAUUCCACUCAAGAGCCAUAUGCACCGCAUCAAUCAAAUUAUUCUCAAAAAUCAGACAUUCCAGCACCAUCUGCACCAUACUUUGCAGAUGAAUCAGUUGACAUUCCACCACAGUAUAAUGAAGCUGUGACUUUUUUGACACGGGAGCAUAAGGAGAGUCAAAUGUAG